GGGAAGAUGACCGCGGGCUCCGGCGUGCUCCUCGUCGUGCUGUCGCUCUCCAGCGCGCUCCGGGCCCACCAGGAGGAGCCUGUAGCCAAAGGGACCUGUAAGGCUGGGUUCUCAGAAGAAGGCUACACGGCCUGGGUCUCCCACAACAUCCCCAAGGGAGGGAAGCUGCUCAAAGUCAAGUUCAGCAGCUGUCUGGGAACCAAGAGGAUGCAGUACGAGACCAACAGUGUGGACUUCGGAGUCGGGGCCGACGGCACGGUCUUCGCCACCCGCGAGCUGCAGAUCCCCUCGGAGCAGGUGGCGUUCGUGGUGACAGCGCGGGACCGCCAAACCGCCGAGCGCUGGGAUGCCGUGGUGCGGCUGCUGGUGGCCCAGACCUCAGCCCCACUCUCUGCACACACGCCCCAGCGAGGGAAGAACACGCCUCUGGAUGCCCCGGCGGCCCCCCUGGACAUGCUGCUGCCCUGGCCCCAGCUCCACAGCACUGGUGGGCUGCGGCGGCAGAAGCGGGACUGGGUCAUCCCACCCAUCAACGUGCCGGAGAACUCCCGCGGACCCUUCCCCCAGCAGCUGGUGCGGAUCCGCUCCGAUAAGGACAAUGACAUCCCUAUUCGCUACAGCGUCACGGGCGUGGGUGCCGACCAGCCCCCCAUGGAGGUGUUCAGCAUCGACUCCAUGUCCGGCCGUAUGUAUGUCACGCGUCCCAUGGACAGGGAGGAGCGGGCCUCCUACCAUCUGCGCGCUCACGCCGUGGACAUGAACGGUAACAAGGUGGAGAACCCCAUCGACCUGUACAUCUAUGUCAUCGACAUGAACGACAACCGGCCCGAGUUCAUCAACCAGGUCUACAACGGCUCCGUGGACGAGGGCUCCAAGCCGGGCACCUACGUGAUGACGGUCACGGCCAACGACGCGGACGACGGCACCACGGCCAACGGGAUGGUGCGGUACCGCAUUGUGACGCAGACGCCCCAGAGCCCGUCCCAGAACAUGUUCACCAUCAACAGCGAGACCGGGGACAUUGUGACGGUGGCCGCUGGCCUGGACCGCGAGAAAGUCCAGCAGUACACGGUCAUCAUCCAGGCCACUGACAUGGAGGGGAACCUCAACUAUGGCCUCUCCAACACGGCCACGGCCAUUAUCACCGUGACAGACGUAAACGACAACCCGCCCGAGUUCACCAGCAGCACUUUCGUGGGGGAAGUCCCCGAGAACCGGGUGGAGACGGUGGUGGCGAACCUCACCGUGCUGGACCGCGACCAGCCACACUCGGCCAGCUGGAACGCCGUGUACCGUAUCAUCAGCGGGGACCCCUCAGGCCACUUCAGCGUGCGCACGGACCCCGUCAGCAACGAGGGCAUGGUCACUGUGGUCAAGGCUGUUGACUACGAGCUCAACAGGGCCUUCAUGCUGACCGUGGUGGUGUCCAACCAGGCCCCACUGGCCAGCGGCAUCCAAAUGUCCUUUCAGUCCACGGCAGGGGUGACCAUCUCCGUGGUGGACAUUAACGAGGCCCCCUACUUCCCCUCCAACCACAAGCUCAUCCGCCUGGAGGAGGGCGUGCCCACAGGCACCGUGCUUACCACCUUCUCUGCCGUGGACCCCGACCGCUUCAUGCAGCAGGCGGUGAGGUACUCCAAGCUGUCGGACCCGGCCAACUGGCUGCGCAUCAAUGCCACCAACGGCCAGGUCAGCACGGCCGCUGUCCUGGACCGCGAGUCUCUCUUCAUCAACAACAACGUUUACGAAGCCACCUUCCUGGCGGCUGACAACGGGAUCCCCCCGGCCAGUGGCACAGGGACACUGCAGGUCUACCUCAUUGACAUCAACGACAACGCCCCCGAGCUGCUCCCCAAGGAGGCGCAGAUCUGUGAGAAGCCCGGCCUGAAUGCCAUCAACAUCACGGCGGCCGACGCCGACGUAGACCCCAACAUCGGCCCCUAUGUCUUCGAGCUGCCCUUCGUCCCAGCUGCUGUGCGCAAGAACUGGACCAUCACACGCUUAAAUGGUGACUACGCCCAGCUGAGCCUGCGCCUCCUGUUCCUGGAGGCUGGAGUAUACGAGGUCCCCGUCAUCAUCACCGACUCCGGGAACCCCCCACUGUCCAACAUGUCCUUCAUCAAGGUCAAGGUGUGCCCAUGUGACGAGAACGGUGACUGCACUGCUGUCGGCGCCGUGGCGGCAGCCGGGCUGGGCACGGGCGCCAUCAUGGCCAUCCUCAUCUGUAUCCUCAUCCUGCUGACCAUGGUCCUGCUGUUUGUCGUGUGGAUGAAGCGGCGAGAGAAGGAGCGCCACGCCAAGCAGCUGCUCAUCGACCCCGAGGACGACGUGCGCGAUAACAUCCUCAAAUACGACGAGGAGGGCGGCGGCGAGGAGGACCAGGACUAUGACCUCAGCCAGCUGCAGCAGCCUGAGGUGGCGGAGCACAGCCUGAGCAAGGCCCCCGGCGUGCGGCGGGUGGACGAGCGGCCCGUGGGCGCCGAGCCCCAGUACCCGGCCAGGCCCGUGGUGCCCCACCCGGGCGAUAUUGGCGACUUCAUCAGCGAGGGACUGCGAGCUGCUGACAAUGACCCCACAGCACCCCCAUAUGACUCCCUGCUGGUCUUCGACUACGAGGGGAGUGGCUCCACCGCGGGCUCUGUCAGCUCCCUCAACUCGUCCAGUUCCGGGGACCAAGACUACGAUUACCUCAAUGACUGGGGACCCAGGUUCAAGAAGCUGGCGGACAUGUACGGAGGCGGCGACGAGGACUAGCCCAGCCCG